AUGUCAUUCGGUCUAACGAAUGCACUAGCAGUGUUCAUGGAUCUGAUGAAUAGGGUGUUCAAGGAAUUCCUCGACACUUUCGUGAUUGUUUUUAUUGAUGACAUCUUGAUUUAUUCCAAGACAGAGGCUGAGCAUGAGGAGCAUUUGCAGAAAGUUCUGGAGACGUUGAGGGCCAAUAAGCUAUAUGCUAAGUUUUCUAAAUGUGAAUUUUGGUUGAAGCAAGUAUCCUUUCUAGGGCAUGUGGUAUCCAAGGAAGGUGUCUCUGUGGAUCCUGCAAAGGUGGAGGCAGUUACAGGUUGGGCUUGUCCAACCACGGUCAGUGAGGUGCCCAGUUUCCUGGGGUUAACAGGCUACUAUAGACGAUUUGUAAAGGACUUCUCUCGUAUAGCCGCCCCAUUAACUCAAUUGACCCGGAAGAGAGCAACAUUUGUUUGGAAUGAGGCUUGUGAAAACAGUUUCCAGGACCUUAAGUCGAGGCUGGUUUCAGCCCCAGUUUUUACAGUACCGGAUGGAUCAGGUGGUUUCAUCAUUUACAAUGAUGCAUCCAAGAAGGGAUUGGGAUGCAUAUUGAUGCAGCAAGGUAGAGUAGUUACUUACACUUUACGUCAGCUAAAGAAGCAUGAACAGAAUUAUCCCACGCAUGACUUGGAGUUAGCAGUGGUGGGAUCUGAAGAGGCAGAGAUUGCAGUGGUAGUGGGAAAGGUCACGACACAGUUAGCACAGUUGUCGGUGUGA